AUGACCAAGAUUCUACUUACGGUAAAUGCUGGUUCAAGCUCUUUGAAACUUUCAGCUUUCUUGCUCAAAGAUGGCACUGGGGCUCCCCAAAGAAUACUAACUGCGUGCAUUCGAGGAAUUAGAACUGCCUCCACGUCCAUCUUCUACUCGCGAUAUGGCGAAACUAUUAACAACAAUCAUGCGAUCAAGGCAGUACAAGAUCCGUGUGAUGCCUUCUCGGCCGCGUUUACAGUCCUCCUUCAGGAUCCGAAUCUGUGCGAAAUAAAGUCCAAAGACGACAUAGACUUUGUAUGUCAUCGGAUUGUGCACGGCGGAAGGUUGAGCAACCCGCGAGUUAUUGACGAACAAACAUUGCAAGUGUUAGCCCAAGCAGGUCAUCUAGCGCCGUUGCACACCUCAGGCGCGCUAUCCAUUGUUUCGCAAUGCAAACAACAGCUGAUACAUGCCAUCAACAUUGCUUGCUUCGAUACGCAGUUUCAUCGCCCCAUCCCUGCGCACAUCUACACCUAUGCGAUUGAUCAGAAAAUGGCUACCGAAAGAGGUCUACGCAAGUAUGGCUUCCAUGGACUUAGCUAUGCAUUCUUGACGCGAUCUGUUGCAAGCUUUCUCCGUAUCGACCAAGAAUCUAUGAACUUGAUUGCACUGCACUUGGGAAGUGGUGCUAGCGCCUGUGCCAUUCUCAACGGCAAAAGUCUGGAUACGAGUAUGGGCUUGACGCCGCUGUCAGGGCUCCCAGGAGCUACUCGCAGUGGAACCAUUGAUCCGAGUAUCGUCUUUCAUUCCGCGUGCCCCACUUCAAACAAUAGUCCAUCAACGAAUGACACCAUUCACUGGUCGAAUGCUGAACAUAUGCUGAAUGAUAGGAGUGGAUGGCUUUCUUUGACUGGCACUACCGACUUUGCCGCUAUUGUCGCAUCGAGCCAUCCAAAUUGUAAGCUUGCAUUCGAUCUCUUUGUCCAUCGCAUAUGCGACUUCAUCGGGAGCUAUUACGUUGCACUUCAAGGGCGAGUAGACGCCUUGGUGUUUGCUGGUGGUAUCGGGGAGAAUUGUUCCGAACUGCGAGCAGCUGUAGUUAGAAAUUUGCUGUGUCUCGGCUUUGUCGUGGACGAGAGGCGCAACGAAUCGAAUGCUAACAUCAAUACCGCCACCAUUCGAGACAUUAGCGCAGACAAUCAAAAGCGUCGUGUACUUAUCUGUCAGACAGACGAAGAAAUGGAAAUGUCGCAGAUCUGUGCUAGCAUGAAGCUUUAUUAG